AUGGCGAACUCAGGAAGCAAGUACCAGGUGUUCCUCAAUUUUUGUGGGAUGGAUACCCGUCGUGGAUUCACCAACACCCUCUACCAUGCCUUGGUAAAUGCUGGGAUUCAUGUUUUCAUCGAUAAUGAAGAGAUUCCACGAGGUGAAGAAUUUAGCACGGAGCUUCUGCAAGCGAUCGACGACUCCAAGCUCUACAUAACCAUCUUCUCCCCAAACUAUGCUUCGAAACACUGGUGCCUCCGCGAGCUUGCGAAGAUGGUGGAGAACGCCUUUGGACCUGAAGAAGAUGGGAAUGAGAAGGUGGAGAGCACCUCUAAACCCGAGGAAGAUGGGAAUAAGAAGGUGAUAUUCCCCAUCUUUUAUAACGUGAAAACUGAUGAUCUGAAGUCGAACACGGCACAGAGGUAG